AUGGCGACGCCCGAGCCGCCGCCGAACGCGCCGAUACCGCGCACGGCGACGCUGAACGUCACCGAUCGAGACCAAUGGGACAGAAUCUCGAGCGCGAUCCUUUCCGGCGCCGGGCCGCGCGACGCAGGCGACGACGCGCUGAACGUGGAGCGGAAAGCGAUGGCGAAAGAACUAGCGGCGAUGCGUCGGUACGUCAAAGAGCUGGAGAUCGAGCGGGAGGCGAGCGAGGAGCGGGCGGCGCAGAGAGAGCGGGACGCUCGGGACGCGGAGCAGCGCGCGAACGCGGGAGACGCGAGAAACGCGGAGAGGCUGGCUAUGAAGGAGCUCGAGAUGACGCAGCGAGAGCGUGAACUGAUCUUAAGAGAGGAGGAAGUCGACGCGCGGGCGCGGGCGACGGAGGACGCGGAGGUUUUUGAGGCGAAUUUGAAGAGACGCGCGGCGCGUUUGGACGAACGCGAGCGAGCGAUGCGAAACGCGAGGGAUGAUUUAGAUUUACGGGACGAUCAACUCACGGAAGCGAUCGUCGGGCUCGAGCGCGAAAAUGAGGCUGUGCGUCGCGAGACGGCGGCGAUGGAACGCCGUCGCGAGGAGAUUGUCCGCGAGCUCACGGAUCGGGAGGUGGGCGUAUUGAAGCGCGAGGAGAGCGCCACGGAACGUGAGCACGAGUUGCGCGUGGUGGAGGGGCGUUUAGGAGCGCUGAAGGAACGCGCUUCGGACGAAGAGGCGCGGUUGAGGCGCGCGAUAGAGCGCGCAGACGCGGCAGAGAAGCGAGAGGCGGACGUCGCCAGGCGACUUCACGAACUUGAAAACGACGAGCAGCGCGUGCGGACGAAUUUGCGAGAGGUGCAGGCCGAUGUGGGGCGCGCUGUCGACGUCAAGGCGAGCGCGCAACGCGAAACGGAUGCGUUGAAGAAGGACGUCGAAAUAUUGCGCGGAGAACUCAGCGCGCUUACGGCUGAAAAGGCGCGACAAGUGCAAUUCAUCCAGAGCGUACGCUCCGAUUUAGACGAGCGCGAGCGCGAAACUGCGGACGCGGCGGAAAUCGCGGCGAACGAGUGCGAAGCCAUCGCCGUUGCGUGGGACGAAAUUGAAAGCAUGCGCUCUGACUUGGAGCGUCAAGAAAAGAUGAUCGAAGACACGGCGGCACAGUUGGAAGAAAACGUCAAGGCGUUUGACCGCGACGCCACGGCGAUGCGCGAGCGUCAGGAGGAAAACGAGCGAAAGCUCGAUGAGUUGCGCGAACACGAGGAGUUUUUACGUCGAUUAGCGAGCGAAAACGAAUCAAAGGCGCGCGAAGUCUCGACGCUCGAAGCGGAGAUCGCCGAGCGACUCCGCGACGUGGAGGCGCGAGAGGCGGAAGUAGCCGAAUGGAGGCCGCAAAUUGACGAGUUCAAGUCAAAACGAGUGGACAUCGAGGCGCACGCGGCAGCGAUCGAAACAGCCAAGACGCAACUCGUCGAGCUGAGCGCUCGUGAGAAAGAGCUCGAAGAGAAAGAGUUACAGCUCGAGCGACGCGAAGAGGCGGCGGCUCGUCAGUUGAGCGCCGCGGCUGAAGCGGAGGUAAUCUUGAAUGAAGAAAACGCCAAGUUGGAGCAAAAGCUGCAAGAAAUGGCGCCGAACUUGAUCGCCGCUGAGCUCGAACGCGAAGUGGUCGAAUUAAAGAUGGAGCUCGAACGCACGAAAGCCGCAGCGAACGCCGUGAUGGCGAACGCGGACAUGGAGCGACGACGCCGCGAGGAAGAAGAAUCUUCCAGCGGCGCCGCCGCCGGCGACGCUGACCCUUUUGCCGCGGUCGGUGAGGAGAAAAUUCGUCAAGAGGAGCGCGCGCGCGCAGAACAAGUCCUUGAGUCUAAGACGGCGGCGCUCUUACGCGCGAACGCGCUUCUAGAUGCGAGAGAAAAUGAGCUCGCCAAGCGCGAAUUCGCGUUGACGGAUGAGCUUGAACGACUCGAGCACGAUACUGCGCGCCUGUUGACGCUACAAGACGAAGUGAACGAGCGAAUGAAGGACGUGCUCGAGGUCGAGAUGCACGGCAUCGGCGGUGAGCCGCGCAAACGGCGAGAAGACGCGUCGGACUACGCGACCGUCGCCAACGCCGAGCGUCACGCGGCGACCAUUCUCGCCGACGCGGAGGAGGUGCGCCGAACCGCGCGCGCCCACCUCGAGGCCGCUACGGCUACCGCACAAGCCGCGCGGGCGAUCAACGACGCAUGCGAGUCCAGCGAAAGAGAAGGCGCGGCGACGAUAAAGCGCGUAUCCGCCGUCGUGGCCUCGGCAAUUCAGGCGGCGAAGCGACAGGGCGACGAAUUACGCGCCCGCCGCGAGCAAGCCUCUACGUCCGUCGUCGCGCUCGAUCGCGACGCCAAGAUUGAUUUACUCGACGCUCAACUCGAGUACGUCGCCAAGGCCAAGGCUGACCUCGACCGCCGCGAGGCGUCCAUACGAAGCGACUCGUUCGCCGCGGCGUCUCGCCGUCGCGCCGACGCCGCGACGUCCAACGACGAGCUCUCCUCCCGAGCCCGAACCGCGCGCCUUCGCGAGGAAGUCCACGGCGCCGCCGAGCAUCUUCUCGAGUGUUUGUCUCAGGGCGAGACCGCGCUCGCGCGAGCCGACGCCGUGCUCCACGCGCCUCGCGUCUCCGAGCUCCGUCUCAAGCUCGCCGGAUUACUCGGCGUCGCCGAUCGUCUCGCGCGCGCGCGCGUCGACGUCUCCGGCGACGACACCGAAGAGGACAUUUUAUCCGAUCGUCUCGCCGCGUUAGAGCACGAGAUUCGUCGCGCCGGCGGUUGGUUCGAGGACUUGCGUCGCGCCGUUCGCGAGGUGUAA